CGGAUGUGCUCGCGCGAGACUUCCCGGCGCCGUGCACGCGCGCUCGCCUGUUGGGUCGCGGACUGUUGGGUGCAAUGGCGGCGGAGAGACCGAUUCCUCAACUGAUGGAAAGCUUCAAACCGGCCGGUGCCGGGGACAGCUCCACCGGCAACGGGGCUGUACAAAAGAUCAUCGAAGGAAAUAGUGAACUCUUCACAGACAGUCACUGCAAAGUGUGUAAUGCUGUGCUGAUUUCAGAAUCCCAGAGACUAGCACAUUACCAGAGCAAGAAGCAUGCCAACAAAGUACGUCGGUAUGAAGAGCUUCAUCAAGAUGGCGAGCCAGUUGCCAAAAUAAUAAAAAAAGAUUCUUCUGACAAUAGCAAUGGAGAAGUUGAUCGGAAUAAAUAUUGUCCACUCUGUAAUGUGACCUUUACGUCGCCAGUUGUUGCCCAGUCUCAUUACCAGGGAAAGAACCAUGCAAAAACUCUGAAACUCAAGCAAAAGCAAGAUGAAACUAUCCCAGCAUCCUCUGUUGCAGCUGCUCCCAAGGCAAAGAAUGAAAACGCUCCAACUUCUACCGUGCAGUCCAGUGUUGAAUCUGGGAGCAGCGAUCCUGAUAAGUACUGUAGUCUCUGUCAAGCCUUUUUUAAUCAUCCAGCUAUUGCAAAACAGCAUUAUGUGGGCAAAAGGCACAAGAAGCGUGAGACAAAAGCGAAGUUGUUGGAGCAACUAGGGCAGGCUGGUAGUAAUUCUGCUUCUGCUAAAGGCUACCCCUGUAACACCUGUAACAUUGUACUGAACUCAAUAGAGCAGUAUCAGGCACACAUCCAGGGAACCAAACACCAGAACCAUUUGAAACCUAAUGAAUUUACUGCUGCAGAAGAUAAUGAAGAGGGCUUUGAGUUUUUUAAAGAAGAUGUCGUGUAACAGUGUUGGCAUGGUGGUCUCCGGGUCAAUGAAUGUUACUCAGAAUGGAGGCCAGUUUACCUAUGUUCAUGUUUGCAUCUGCAUCAUUUUAAGCAAGACAUUUUUAUUGAAACAACAGUCCAUAAUUCUGAGCUCUAGGGCCCAAUGUAUUUUGUUUUCAGUUUUUAUGUUCAAGCAAGUGACUGAAAGUUUGAGACUAAGAGAACUAGGUUUAGAAUAGUAAGUGGUGCUGUGGUCACGCUUUUCUGGCUUGGUCUGUUUAUAACUGAGAAACUUGUACCCCUACCUCUUGCACAGAUUUGUUUCUUAAAUCUCACCUAUUAAGUUGGUGAGUUCUCUGGAGAAUGAUGUGAACCAGUGAUAUGGAAGAGCAGUUGCAAAUGAUUGCAACAUUAACUAGUUUGGUUGCCUUUCAAUUGCAACCUAGGUGAGGUGACAAUCUUUGACCUAUACUUGUAAAUUAUCACACAUAUGCUCAAUAGUAUGAUUGUAGUUUUGUCACUACCAUAAUUAACAGACCUAAUUCUGACAGCUUUGUCUUGGGUCUCUGUAACAGGAAUUUUUCUGAUCCUUGGCUAUUUGAGGAACCAUUUGAUGGCAGUUGAAAUGCAGAUUCUUUUAUUGCAUGUUACUGAGCCUGAAAACCUAUUCAGAAAUUGCUGAUGUAGAUGCUAUGUAUAUGAUUGCAGCAUAAAUUCUACUCCAGGAAUAUCUGAUUGUGUCCAAGCCUGUCUCAUUGCUGUGUUUGGUUUUUGAAUGGCCACUCUGGUGUGGGUGCGACUGAUGAUCAAUAUGUCAUACAGAGCUAAUUAUUGUAAAUAAAAUGUUAAUGUGAUCUUUUCAAACUAUAAGCCGACAUGUCAAAAUGCAUUCAUUAGUAACUGUUUAUUUAGAUUUACAGAAAUAGUUCAGUGAAGGAUCUUGUAAAAGCACAUGAGAUAAUAUUCAUCAGUUAAUGGAACAUUUAACAAGAAUAGUUAUUGAUGUUUGUUAAUUUUUCCAAUUGAUUUGAAUUUGUAUUUUAAAUUGGCAAUUUGGUUGUAGAGAAAACUAAGACUGCAGUUCAAAACUUGUUUUUUUUUUACCUUGUUUGUCAAUAAAUUUUGUCCACUUUGUAGUACCUGCAAGAUUACCCCUAACUCAGCAAUCCUUUAAAUUGAAACAUAUCCCAAAAUUAAAUAUUCAUACAUUUCCAGACUUGAACAUUCUUUCCAGAGUGCAUGACCUACAUUGGGAAAAUGUGAAGACUGGAAGUUGAUACAGGUGUAACGAAUGUAAAAAUAUGUUUUGUGUUCUGAUACUAUAUUUUAUUAUGUAUGCAUUUGCUUUUUUAAAAAAAUGAAUUUGGCCUAAAUUGGGCAACAAAAGAGAAACAGCUUUAAUUGUCAUUGUAAAUGAAAACAACUGAAUUGUGUAGAGAUCUCGUGCAAGGAUGGAACCGGGAGCUCAGUGUAUUCUUCUGCACCUCUAUAAUUUGAGCUUCUGUUUUAAACACUUUGUCUUGCAUUUUUCUUUGCUUCAUCUGCAUAAUUAGUUGGACCUCAAGAGAUUUGUUGAAAAAUCUAUGACCCUUGACAAUUUUGUAUCUCUUCUCGUAUAUAAUAAAUGUAGAAUUUCCCU